UCCUCCAGACUGAAAACUAGGGCAGUGCUCACAGGGCGCAUUCAUACACACAAGGCCAGGGUGGGGAAGCAGUAGCUGCCUGGAAGCUGGGAUUCAGAAAGACCACCAAGCCUACCACGAGAGAGCGUCCAAACACUCAGGAGCAAUGGAGGACAAGAAGACGAAGGUGCGCAUAACAUUAUUCUUCAUCCUGGUGGGGAUCUCCACCAUGUUCGCUGCCGUGGUGACCGAUCACUGGGCCGUCCUGAGCCCCCGGGUGGAGCAGCUCAACACCACCUGCCAGGCGGCGCAUUUUGGACUCUGGAGACUUUGUUUAAAAAGUAUCUACAUUCAGGAGCCAGACCCCAAAGGAAAGGGCUGUGGACCUAUAAGCCUUCCUGGAGAACAAAACUGCUCCUAUUUCAAGCACUUCACCUCAGGAGAAGAUGCAAAAAUGUUUCAAGUUAAAACCCAAAAAGAGUACAACAUCUCAGCCGCGGCCAUCGCCAUCAUCAGCGUGGGCUUCAUGAUUCUGGGAACCAUCUGCACACUGGUGUCCUUCAAGAAGAGCCUAGACUACCUCCUGAAGCCAGCCGGCAUGUUCUUCACCUUUGCAGGUCUGUGCAUCAUCAUCUCGGUGGAGGUGAUACGUCAGUCUGUGAAGAGGAUGAUCGACAGCGACGAGACCGUCUGGAUCGAGUACUAUUACUCGUGGUCAUUCGCCUGUGCCUGCGCUGCCUUCAUCCUGCUCUUCCUCAGCGGGAUCGCCCUGCUGCUCAUCUCCAUGCCCCAGAUGCCUCAGAACCCCUGGGAGACGUGCAUGGACGCCGAGCCCGAGACACAGGAGUGACAGUGGUGCGGGACGAGACAACCUGCAACCAGCGGUCUUUAAAAAAGAGGCAACAAGACACGGCGUCUUCCUAAAAUAAUACAACAAUAAUAUUAAUACAGCUUUAACAAUAAAGAAAUUAAAUACAGCAAGCAAAACUUCAACACGAGUCGUAACGAAAACAUGUAAAUUCAUGUAAAAACAUCAAGUUGCUUGUCAAGAAUGUAUCUGUUGCUAUUAUAAUUCAGAUCACCUUUGUCUAGAUAUAUACAUAUACAUAAUAAUUUUUAUAUAUAUAUAUAUAUAUAUAUAUAUAUAUAUAUAUAUAUAUAUAUAUAUAUAUAUAUAUAGUAACAGUCAAGAGGCGACAGGACCCUUUGAAGUGCCAGAAACCAGAAUACUCUGUUUUGCAUAGGAGGGGGUGCAGUAAAAGGUUAUAACAGCAUUAGAGGGGGAAAAAAAACCACACACAACAAAGACCAGCAUCGGGCCAUGUGCUCCACUCAGUCAGGAAGUGAAAUGCCAUCCAUACCAUGAGGGUACAAGUCUGGUGCCUUCAACCCCACCCUAUUAACAAGCCUAAACCAAUCAAAAACCUUGUCAAUCAUGUAUGUGCUAUAUGCAUAUACUCAUUUAUUAUCCCCCCAAAAAUUGGGUAAUACCCAAGUCCCUGGAUUUUUUUAAAGUAUUGCAGGAGAUAUCAUUUUUUAUUAUCAUCAUCAUCUAUUCAUGUAUUUUGGGAAUACUGUGGUCCAGGUUACAGGUUGAAGGUCUUUCUUAGACAGUGAGGGCCUGUAGAGCGAAGAGUCCGCAGGUGCAGAUGUUAGCAGACGACUUGGAUACAAAUUCAUCUCUUUUUAAACUGUCAUUCUCUCUUUGUACAGGACACUAGCAGGCAUACGCUUGCUUUCUUGUCAAAGGCAUUACUUAAUGUGGAGUCAUUUUCACGCUAUUGAAUUUAGGCUUUCAAUGUGUAACACUUUUUUUUUUUUUUUUUUAAGGAAAUUCUUCGUAACACAAAGCCACGAUAAUAACAUGUUGUUACGUCCAUCUGGUUUCCCUUUCUUCCACUAUUGAAAGGUAAUUAAGCACAGUGUAUGAUUACGAGCAACGAUAAGCACACGUUCUGUACAGUAGCUGCACUUGACUUUGUAAAACCAAGUGAAUGUGAGGACAACCGUUUCCAACAGCUUCUCUACUGUUUCCAGUGCCUUGAUUGAAAAGCACUGAUCAGCAAAGGAAGCAGUCUGUGGUUCAACACUGCAGUUCUCAGUGGCUGUAACCAGAACAGGGAACCACUAUGCCUGAAACGACGAAUUGCUGUGUAUUUACAUAGCAGUUACAUAGCAAAUACACGUGUACUUAGGUACAACGUACUUCAUGCAAGUCUUUUUGCACGAUACAGGCAAGUACACAAAAUUUAUCUAGAAAGCCUUAGGCUUUAGGCUGGUGGGAGGUUGGGUUAUAUUGUGCAAAAAGAUUUACACAUUAAAUUCUGACUGCGCGUAACAUUGCAACUGUGCAAGUACAUGUAUUUAUGUUACUAUGUAAAUAUGCAGUAAUUGGAGACACAAUGACGUGUUGCUGAACAACUUAAUAAAUCAGAAGUUACUGUAUAUACUGAGAGAUAUACAGCAUGUACUCUGCAUGGUUUGUCAGCUGCAUUUCUGCAAUUGAUUGGCAUGUAUACUGAACACUGGCCUAUUUAUUUGUGUUAAACGAUACUUAAAACCUGUUGAUACUGUAUGUGUAACAUAUAUAUCUGUGCUUUAAAAAGCCUUUUUAAUUAAAAUAAACACAUUUUAGCAUACUUGGCAUUCCUGUUGUAUCUUCACAGCACUGUCCGUACAUGUUCUGCGCAGCUGCCAUGGAUCAGAACCAGCCUCACAUCAGCCCUUCUUUUGACGCAUUACUGGACCAGGCAGGGAGAGGCGAUUUCAGUCAUGCUUAAAGGACUGCCCUCAAUUGCAGUGCAAUGGGAGCUGCCACAGUGCACUCCAAUGCGUCUGCUGCAGUGGAAAACGCAGAACUUCCCUGCACGAAAUGAGAGCGCACAUGCUCAUGGAACACUGUAAUACUAGCAGUCAUUCACUGUCCAUUUCAAAAUGUCGACACAUCUGCAAUACCUUCAAGUGCAAGCAGUGUUUGACCAGAACGUUCAAGCUGUGCAUUCGCUCUUUCCUAGGGGACUGCAAAAGACGAAAUUGCGUUUCUGGUGUCCUGUUCUUAUAAACAGACUGAAAAUGUUUUUUUUCUUUUAUGUAGUUCCAUAAAUUCCACAACUCACUGGCAGUGUUGGAUGAAGGGGAGCUGCUCAGAACAGUUGAUCAGUAGUGUCAGUUAUGCAAGUAAAACAGGAUUUUGAAUAGCCCUCAAACAAAAACACUAAACAAAACAGUACUUUUGCUUUUUGAUGCAUCUUGAUAACGGGACCCCUACUGGGCUCAGAAUCCCAUCCCCUCUAACAGCAAUGUCCCAAGAGAUGCAUUUGUUUAGGUUUCCCAGUGCUAUACUAAGCGAUGGAACUGCACCAUGAUGGAUCACACAAUACAGCAGCACUGCUGCUAAAUAUCAGCUCCCUGACAAGUGACUAACAAUGCACCCUGCAAGAGCUUGCAGUGAUAGUCCGAGCGUGAUGCCACGGCCUCCACUACACUAAGGCAUUGAAACAGACCUAGUAGAAACACUCUGUGAAGUUUCUUACAGUAAAACCAUGGAGAUUUAUUAACUGUACUUUAAGCCAGGAGGUACUGUAAAACAUGCAUGAAUGUACUUUCAAAGCAGCUGAGAGACAGAGAGAGAAAGAAGAGAGAAGCGAGCAGUUUGGGUCAAGUAGAAUUGUCAGAAAUGAAUCACAUCCAUCACUUCACACAGACAACAGGAUCUUCAAAAAUACAACUACAAAAUUUUGCAAUAAAAACACUUUUAAUAGUGAACCAAAAAAGGGAGAAAAAUAAAGCAGAUACUGUCAAACAUGUCUGCUAUCCACAGCUUAAUGUCAAAAAACAACUACCACCAACAGAAGCACAUAGUGUUUUAUACAUAUCUCCACUAUGAAGAAUGGGGACAUACGCAGAAUGUAAACAAUUUCCAAAAAACAACCCAAUAUAAACAAAACAAAAACACCACAAUCUGACUAUAAAAGUAGUACUGGGCAAAAAUCAGUUCCUUGAGCCAAGGGGAGCCUAGCAAAAUAGUUGAUGGGAUUCACACUCCCUGCAGUACUUUAAAACCUAGCAGUAAAUGUUAUGCAGUAUUUUAAGCACACCAAAUUCACAAUUUGUCCCUUGAAAGGGUUAGUUGGUCAAGACCAAGGAGGCUUCUUCCCCAGGAAUUACCAGGCUCAGCAUAGGUGUAGAGAUGUGGCAGCUGAGACCACUCAAAUACGGGGCUCAAGAUUUACAUCAACCCUAGCCCUGCUCUUAAAUAAGGUUAGUGUUAAGAGUUUGGACAGUGGCUCAAAGACAGUGUUGUGUGUUUAAAAGAAUAAAGUAGUUGUAUAGUGGCGCGUCUUUCUGUACCUGUGCCAGAGGCUCUCAUGCACUUCACUGGGAUUGAACAGGGCAGUUGCUGAACAGUUUUUGUUUCAAUAUUCCCUAGUGCAUUAAUAAUUUGUCGAGCAACACGAAAUGUUUAUAUUACCGACCGACAUGAGCAAAGGAACUGCAUUGUAGAGUCAAAUCUUGUGAACAAUGCAAGUGAUUUAUUUGAUUUCCCUGCUUUUCUCUUUCUUUGGGCUUGUGUAUGCAACUGAUAAAAUUAUGUUGUUAAAAGGUACAUGGGGGAGGGGGUGUCUUGGAAUCAAAAUAUCUUCAACAGAAGAACGGGGGGUGGGGGGCAGAGAUAAUAUAGCUACAGCUAAUAAGAAAGUGGGUUUAAAAAUCUUGCCUGCAGAAUCACAUCUGUACAUUUCCAAAGGAGACAUUGUAUGAAUCCCAGAACACAGUCCCUACAAUGGGCUUGAGUGAGCGCAAGUCAACAAAGCAUUUUUGCCCAGCCAUUAUUUAUUUAUUUAAAUUAUUAUUGAAACAUACAGAACUCUUUUUGCAUUAUUUUUUAAAAACAAAAGUUAGUCAUUUUAGACCCCUGUUGUAUAAUAUCACAUUUGAACGCAAUCAUCAAAUAAAGGGACCAAUAUGUAAUGUAUAUGUAGAUUGUAGAAUGCAGAUUACAAACAUUUACACAUGCA